UUUUUUUUCUUCUAUAACGAGAGAGAGAGAAAGAUAUACAUUCACCUUCCCGCCGCUGGUAGGCCACUUCUUUAUGCGAGUACUGAAACACUGCUUUCACAAAGAUUUCUCUUUCCUUAUUCUUUUUUUUUUUUUUUAAGAUUUAUUUAGUUUUAUUUUUCUCUCAUUCAAACAUUCCUUAUAUCAUUCUUUUCACAAUCUUAGCAUCCUUUUUCUUCUUUUCUCUUUUCUUUUUCUGCUCUGCUCCUGCUCUGUUUCCUAUUCAACCCACAACUCUGUUCACAAACUGAGCAAUUUUUAACUGUACUAACAUCAACUCGAUCUCAAAAUCAAGCCAAAUGGUAGGAUGCAAAUUUUAUAUAGAGAACAAAUCAGAUUGGCUGAGUACACUGUUGAAGAGCAAAUUCUUUGGUUCUUGUGUUCAUCAUCGAGAAUUUAGAAAAAAUGAAAAAAAUGUAUUCUGUAUAGAUUGUAAUAUUGGACUUUGUAGGCAUUGCUUGAAAGCUCACAGUCUCCAUAGGCAACUUCAGAUCUGCAAAUAUGUCUAUCAUGAUGUUGUUCGUCUCCAAGACAUCCAGAAACAUCUUGACUGCUCCAAAAUUCAGACAUACAAGAUCAAUGGUGAAAAGGCUGUGCACUUAAAUCCGCGGCCGCAACCAAAAGAUUCAAAACCAUCAACAAAAGCAAAAUUUGGUGCUUCUUGUGAAGCUUGUGGGAGAUACUUACAAGACUUGCCUAAUAGGUUUUGCUCAAUUGCCUGCAAGGUUUCAACAGUUUCAGUAAAGCCUAAAGACCAAAAGCCUAAAUUGAUCACAUUUUCAAUCCAAGAAUUUCCUAAUCUUUCUUGGAAAGAAAACUACAAUCAAGAAAGAGAAUCAAGUGGUGAGAUGGAAUCAACCCUUUCUUUAACUGAUAUGUCUGAGGAAAAUCAAGAAUGGUUGAUUUCAGCAUUGAAGCCAAGAAAACAAUUGCACAAAAGAAAAGGAAUUCCUAGAAGGGCUCCUCUCUGUUAAUUUCAAAACAGUCAAAAAAUCUAUCUUCUUUAAUUUCUCUUUUGUCUAAUCAUAUUUUCAUUGUCUCUAUAUGCAAUUUUGUCACAUAAAAGUAUGCAUUCAAUUCAAUUAAUAAGAAUAUAGAUCUUUAAAUUGGUUUUGAGAUUUGUACAGAAUGAGUCAUGAGGUAUGCUAGUUGAAAACAGAAACUUUUUGUAUGUAUCCAUCUUGAUGGUUGGUGUUAAAUUUGUAUUGAAUUGAAUAUUCCCCUUCUUCUAUAUACUAA